UCGAGGUGCCACUGUCACCUGAUCGGUGCCAACGUAUCAGCGUCGUGGAAUCUGAAAUCUCUGCACCACGGCGACGUCCAGCCGGACCAGCCCCACAUGUUGGUCUCCGGCCUCCGCGCUGCGCCGGUGUCGUCGCCCUCCUCGUCCUCGACGGCAUCGCCCAGGCGCGCAGCAUCGCACAGGAGAGGAGAGCCGUGCGCCCACGUGGGUGCUUCUCGCCAACUGUCCCUUGCCCGCUUGGUGUGGUGCUUUGUCUCGUCCCACUGCUGUACGUACUAUUAUGUGUCUAUAUGCGAUGUGAUGUGCCACACUAUAAAAAACCAGCGCUCCACUCGGGGUCUCUCCUCUCUCUCUCUCUCUCUCCCCGUUGCGUUCUCGCUCGCUCGUCUUCUUUCGCCGCUUCCCCGCGAAUCCCGCCGCCCGGCUUCCGGUCUCCGCUUCCCCCGUACGCAGUGGGCACCAUGGACCCUUCGGUCUCCUCGUCGCCUCUCCGGCUCUCCGCCGGAACCCGCGCGAGCCCCGCCCCUACCCCGAGGCCGCCCAGCCUCGUCGUCGCGGCCGGCCGCCACCAGCCCGCGGCCGCCACCGCCACCACCCGCCUCCGCGCCGUCUCGCCGUCCCCGCCCCCGCCCUCCCCCGUGGGCUCGUUCGGCUUCGACGCGCUCAAGGAGACCUUCUCCGUGGACGUGGCGGCGGCCGGCGCGCGCCCGCUCCGCGUCCCGCUCGCCGCGCCCUUCACCAUCGCGUCCUCGCGCCUCGCCGCGCUCUCCAACGUCGCCGUGCGCGUCGAGCUCCGCAGCGGCGCCGUCGGCUGGGGCGAGGCGCCCGUGCUGCCCUCCGUCACCGCCGAGGACCAGCCGGCGGCGCUCGGCGCCGCGGCCCGGGCGUGCGCCGCGCUCGCCGCCGCCCCCGCGGCGCCCCUCGGCGCCCUGCUGCAGGACGUUGCCGGUGUGCUCCCGGGACACGCCUUCGCCUCGGCCAGAGCAGGAGUGGAGAUGGCGCUGAUUGACGCGGUUGCUAAUAGCAUUCGCAUACCUCUAUGGAGAUUAUUUGGAGGAGCAUCAGAUAGCGUGACAACUGACAUCACGAUUCCAAUCGUGACCCCAAAUGAAGCUGCUCAAUUGGCUGCAAAAUACCGCGGACAAGGGUUUCAAACUCUAAAGCUCAAGGUUGGGAAGAACUUGAAUUCAGAUAUAGAAGUUCUGAAAGCUAUACGGCUUGUCCAUCCAGAUUGCUCGUUUAUUUUGGAUGCCAAUGAGGGAUACACAGCAAAUCAAGCAAUUGAGGUUCUCGAUAGACUAAAUGAAAUGGGAGUGACCCCUGUGCUCUUCGAGCAACCAGUUCACAGAGAUGAUUGGGAAGGUCUCCGAGAUGUCAGCGCUGUGGCCAUGGAGAAAUACAAGGUCGCUGUUGCUGCUGAUGAGAGCUGUCGGAGUUUGCUUGAUGCUCAGAAAAUAAUACAAGGGAAUAUUGCCCAUGUUAUUAACAUCAAGUUGGCAAAGUUAGGGGUUCUUGGAGCCCUUGAAAUAAUUAAUGCUGCAAGAAAAUCCAAUACUGCUCUGAUGAUCGGUGGCAUGGUCGAGACUAGGAUUGCUAUGGGCUUUGCUGGUCAUUUAGCUGCUGGCCUUGGUUGCUUUAGUUUCGUUGACCUGGACACACCUCUUUUACUGUCUGAAGACCCUGUGUAUGGUGGCUAUGAAGCCUUUGGACCUCUGUACAAGUUCACAAAUGCCCGUGGCCAUGGUGGUUUCCUUCACUUGGACAACAAUGAUGCCUCGAAAUGAAGCUGGUUAAUGAUUUUGUCUGUCCUUCUGGAGCUUCACCGAAGCAUUGCAGUGCAUUCCACACAAAUGCAGUGUUCCACUGGACAACCAUGACAUAACCAAAAAUCAAACAAGCGAUUGCAAGCAUAUAGCCAUACAGGUACAGCCUGCUGUUGCGAGUCCAGUCGGGCCUGGAACCCUGGACUGAAUUGGUCAGCCAGCCUGUAGAUAGAUAGAUAUUCGUAUGGCUGUUCCCGUCGGCUCUGUUGUUUUAUUUUACCCAGAUAGAUACAGUAUUUUAGUGACUUCUGUGCAAUAAACGCAUAUGGUUGUAAAUGUCACUACAUGCAGCCGUGCCGUCCCAAGCUUUUGUUGUUCUA